AUGAGAUCCGCCAACCGGUCCGGAUUUGUCGAAACCGUCUUGAGCGAAGCAAUUCCAAUGACAGGUCGCAUGAUCCACGGACGUAACUCCGCAGGCUCUCUAUGGGAGGCUUCUCAGGACUACGACGUCCAUGGAAGAUAUAUAAACUCAAUUGACCGGGGGAAACUCAACACAACUCUCCUGGAUGAGCUGGAGAAAGAGCCAAACGUCAAGAUAUUCUUUAAUCACAAACUCACGGGCGCCGAUUUCAAAAAUAAAAAAGCUUGGUUUGAGCGAAAGAACCCUGGAGAUACCCCCGGAUUUAGAUCUACAUCCAACGGUGAUGACAAGUCCAUUAACCUCACCCGUGCUCCAGAGCUGGAGGUGCCAUUUGAUCUACUGAUAGGCGCUGAUGGGGCCCACUCCGCUGCAAGAUAUCACCUCAUGAAAUAUACCCGCAUGGACUAUCAACAAGAAUAUAUCGACUGUUUAUGGUGCGAAUUCUCGAUUGCACCCUCCAAGAAUAACGACUUCCAAAUUUCUCCACACCACCUGCAUAUCUGGCCUGGUGGUGACUUUAUGUUUAUCGCGCUUCCGUCUCCGGAUAAAACAUUUGUUUGCACCCUAUUCGCUCCUGCCGAGCAUUUUGCAACUCUGGAAAGUGAUCCAAACAUCCUCCUCAAAUUCUUCCAGACCCAUUUCCCCGGCGUCUCUCCUGAGUUGAUUCCGCCUGAAGACCUUAUCAAGCAAUUUAACACGAAUCCUCACCUUCCAUUGAUCAGCCUCAAAUCUUCUCCUCAUCAUUAUGGCUCCAGUGCUGUCAUACUCGGCGAUGCCGCCCACGCUGUGGUCCCGUUCUAUGGACAGGGGCUUAAUGCAGGUCUCGAGGACGUUAGGGUUCUUUUUGAACAUCUAGAUAAACAGGGUGUAUAUUCUGCGUCUAAUGCAGAUAAUAGCCAACGAAUCGCAUCGCUUCGUGCGGAAGCCCUCGAUGCAUACUCCCUCCAGCGGAUUCCGGACGCCCAUGCCAUCAACCAUCUUUCUAGGGAAAAUUUCAUUGAAAUGAGAGCAGGUGUGAAAUCGCCGGUGUACCGGAUGAGGAAAGCUCUUGAGGAAGCGCUUUACAAGUACUUGCCUGGGCUUGGUUGGUCUACGCAAUAUGCUCGUGUUAGUUUCAGCAACGACCGCUACUCAGAGGUAGUGAAGGCCACGAAAAGACAAACAAAUGUCCUCAGCAAAGCCAUGCUUACAACGUUUGUUUCUUUGGUUGGCUUCUCCACCAUCGGCUUAUGGAAAUGGCCAUGGUCUAGAGAUAUUAUUACUAGAAUGCUACAUGCUACAACUCGAAUUGCCAAAGGUAUCGAGAGAUCCUUGGCCUAA